AUGGAUGCCACUGCGGACGCUGCUGCCGCCACACCGUCAAGCUCUACAGACUCGACACCAAACCCGCCGUCGUCAGCGACACCGACCCCACCAUCGCCAGUCGCGGCCGCUGCGCCCGUCUCCAAACGACGUUUCACACCGAGACGGAUCUACCGACCAGAAGCCAACUCUCUCUACGACCUCAUGUGGGACGAGGCUGGCUCCACGCUCUUCAUGAAGCCCAUCUUCUGGACCGACAUGCACUCGCGUCUUCUCGACAUUUGCUACGUCGAGCUCCCCCGGUGCCAAAACAUCAAGGCCACGCAAGACUUUUACCAGGCGUCACCACGCGCCGAGAGCCUCUGCAGGCAGCUCACCCAGCUGCAGCACCCGGAACUCAACGGCCCUUACGAGACGGAUCACAUAUACGAGGCCAUCGAAACACUCUAUCCGUCGACGAGACUCACUGCAGCCCCGCCCCGCGGCAUGAUCGACCUGAACAUGUACUUCUCCGGCCUCCUGUACCCCAGCGCAUGUCGCGUCCAGCUCAUGUGGGAAUGCGGCCCCGCCCAAGAUGCCCUUUGCGAGUCGUUCCAGACUAUCUCCACACGCCCUGCCGAAUCAUUACCCGGCAGUCUCAACGCCAGCGCCGUCGUCCCGGCGGGGGUGGUUCGGCAGCCGCGCGGGAACCGACGCUCGCAAGGGCUUUUUUCCACCAACGCGCCCUCCGGCCAUUGGCCGCUCGCGGCAACGCCCCGGCGCCACGCGCCCAAGCCGCAGCCGGCCCCCGCCUUUCACGACGUGACGGUUCACCUCAUGACAAACGACGACGACGGCAACGAGCUCAUUGUCUACACGGGCGGUCGUCACCGCCGCCUUUCCUCGAGCGGUUUCCACGCCCCAAACAAGACGCCCGCCGGCAAGAAUGCCCUGGGCGAGGCAACGCUCACCGACCUCGGCAUGAAGAUCGAGUACACAAAAGUCCCCAUCUGGCCCGUCGUCGGCCUCAAGGAGCGCCUCGGCAAAGCGCUGGGCCGAGACCUCAUUGGCGACUUUGACGAGAACGACCUCGACAUGCUCGGGUCGCAGAAGAGGCCGAGCGAGAACAGCAGCGGCAGCAGCAGCAGCAGCAGCAACAACACCAAUAGCAACAGCAACCCGAACAAGCGCGCGGCGCCCGCCGACGACGAAGACGGCGGUCGUGCCCGCAGACCCAGCGACGAGCAGCGUGACGAGGCGGGACUGGCGUACGAGGCCAGAGCCAAGGCGCUCAUCGCGUCGAUCUGGGACGGUGGCAGCAGCAGCGGCGGAGGCGGCAGCGACUCCUCCUCCGACGAGGAGCACGCACAGACGUCCUCGAACAGCCGGAAACGGCGCCGGCUGACCAACGGUCGCCGCAUCGACGAGUCUGGGCGCCAGGGGGUGGCGGCUAAGAGCAGGCAGCUGGUCGAGUGA